CUGAUCCAAAACAAAGCGCUUCAUUCAGCUUAUUAAUUUGUCACGAACACCGUAGAUAGACAACCGCAGAUGCUAAUAACUAAUUCUUAUUUAUAUAAUAAAUGUAUGUACUAUAUAUCUUUUGUGUUUAUUUAUCGUAAAUUGCAUGUAAGCUAUUAUAUACUGAUUUUCCAAAAACCUUGCCGAGAAAGUAGCGUAAAACUUAGCUGACUGUUGUGAGGUAUAUUGAUUACCUUUGUUAUAAUAUUAAUAAUAAGUAUUAUUCAUAGCAAAGGUGACAUCUUCCUGAGGAAAGUCACGAAUGUAUUACUGGGUACAACAAAUUAUUCAGGUUCAGGGCUUGUUUUAUAGAAACGAGAUCAGCCAUCAAAAUAGUACUGUUAGUUAUGCGAAAAGGUAGAGGAGUGAAUAAGCUAUCUUGAACAACAGGAACCUGACACUGUAUAACAAGAAGGUUAGUAGAGAGAGGAUUUAUGAAUAGGGGAUUUUAAGGUGUUUAUUCAUAAAAAUUAUAUUUUGCUUUGCACAUGACAGUAAAACAGUGAUUUUAUCUUAGGGUAUUUAGUUAUAAGAUUAAAUGCUCUUUGCCUGACAGGCAAUUUUUUUUGAUGUGAAACUGUCAUCUCUGAACAUUCAAGAGCAUUGCAAGUAGGCAGGCAUUUCUUGUAUUUAUCGCCAUAAAUCCGUCGUUAUAUUUUCUUAGAAGCUAAGAAUGCGUCGCUCCACUCCAUCUCGCCUCUGUGUACGCGAUCCUUUUGAACAAAAUGGGUUUAUCCGAAACCUUUUUUGCUCCUUCGUGUGUGUGACCCUGACCUUGAUCCUAGGGCUCCAAAUGUAUGCGUAUGUCUGGGGACCUGCCCAAGUCGCGCUGGAUGGAGAUUUGUCAGAUAUAAGUCACGUAGUUUUGCAACUUACGCAUGGACUAACAGAGGUGAAUCGCAAGCACGAGCGAUUACAGAACGAGAUGCAGCGCAUAUCGUCGUCGCUGCCGGCCAUGGCGGCGGCUGCGGACCGCGCGCGGGACGCGCUCGAGCCCGCUAUGCGGCGAAGCAGCGGCGCUCUUGGUACCGUCGAUUAUGACAGGCAGAUGACUGACUAUGCACUGGAGUCGGCUGGCGCCAAGAUUCUCGACACCGGCAACACAGUCGAACACGUCAUAAACGAGUCCCCGGUAACCUGGGUGCUUCAUCUGCUGACCUCCAUGAUGUGCAGCGAAUGCCUAGGCGCCAGGGCUAUUAUUAGGCCAGAGUCCUUGCCCGGAGAGUGCUGGGCUUUCAAGGGCUCUAGAGGAGAGGUAACCAUACGCUUGUUGGGCACUGUUCGCGUGACUGGCGUCAGUAUGGAACAUAUACCACGCCAGAUAGCGCCAACGAGGGAAAUAUCUUCAGCUCCACGGUUAUUCCAACUCGAGGGUCUAGAAUACAAAAGGGACCCGUAUCCUCAUGACUUAGGCACGUUCGAGUACGACCGAGAGGGCAAGCCAAUCCAGUACUUCGAAGUGAAGAACGCCAACGUCAAGGGGUUCAACGUGAUCAGGUUGCGUGUGCACUCCAAUUGGGGACACCCUGUGUACACCUGUGUGUAUAGGGUGCGUAUACACGGCGAACUUGCAGCGCGCUCUACGGCCAAUGAUGACUCUGAUUCACGUGUUGAAAACGAGUGAACGCUAAA